AUGUGUGAAGAGCGCUAUCGACUUGUGGUGCUUGGCUCUGCCAAAGUUGGAAAAACAAGUAUUAUUCGUCGAUAUUUGUAUAAUGAAUAUUCGACAAAAUACAAGGAGACGAUCGAAGACUUACAUUCAAGAGAAUUUCGCAUUCAGGGCGUUCCGCUUCCUUUGGACAUUUUGGAUACCAAUUUCAAUUUUCCGGAUAUGAGAAGGCUCGCGAUCACUUCUGCUUCAGCAUUUCUUUUGGUAUUUGCUGUUGACGACGUUACGAGUUUCAAGGAGAUGUCCGACAUUUGGCAGGAGAUAUGCUCUCGCAGACAAGAUCUUAACGAACUGCCCAUCGUUGUAGUCGGAAAUAAAUGUGAUGUGCCAUCGAAAAAAAUUUACGAGGCCACUGCAAAAGCAUUUACCAGUCGCCUAAAUACUGAUGUGCGCUAUAUUGAAGUUUCUGCGAAGGACAACAUUCGAAUUACGGAGAUUUUUCGUACCCUGCUCGAGCUUAGUGGAUUUCCCAAGUGCAAAGCCGGAGGCGGGAGAUUGGAUGACGUACCGGAGGAUGAAGAUCGAAGCCCUUCGUUGCGACGUGCGCAAACGGUGAGAGCAAAAUCGAAAAAGGAUUCCAAAGAAGAUAAAAUAAUGGAAAUUUCGACCUCUUCAUCUCAACAGCCACAUUUGGAUAAACAAGUAUCGCAUCCAGUUCUUGCUGUUCCAAUGAUGAGCGAUCUGAAGCGAAACUUGUCACUUCGGAUGAGAUCUCCAAGAAGAGAGAAAGAACAAACUGAUCGCAAAGCCGAUGACGACACAAAACUUUCGCGUAGCAGCAGCAUCAUAAGACGCACCAAGCAUUUGUCACUGAAAAUGCGUCGGCACGGAGAGAAAAGUAACAAUGAAGAAUUGGUUGACGAAAGCGAUUGCAAAAUUCAGUGA